AAUAGUCUAGUAGAAAGUCACGUUUCCUAAGCAUAAAAGCGUAAAGAGAAGGGUAAGCUCUGCCUUUUAGCCUCUCAGCCACCGAGAUCAAGAUCAACUGUUUUCGAAAUCCCUAGUUCGUUAGCCUGCUGGAUGAAAGACGACUUUUGAAGCUACCAAAUGUCUUCGCCUCUGAAAACCAACGACUCCAAUGGAGUGAAAGUGCGAUCGUAUCAAAGCGCUGAUUAUAGGGAUUGUCGAGAAAUAUUCACUCAGGGAAUGGAGCAGUUGAUCAAGCUUGUGGCACAGGUGGUCUUCCCCAGAUACUGCUGGGUUAUAGCAGCUUUAAGUGCCUUUGUUUUUCUCGCUGCUUUUAAAUAUUCCCUGUGGCUUGUUCCUCUUUACAUCUUCGCUUGCUUCGUUGUGCUGUCGCUUUUGUAUGUGCAUGUUUAUCUGGAGUGUUGGAAAUACAUUAACUCCUGUUUGGCAACAGAUUUGAAGAAGAUUGAAACGAUUUACAUGGCCAAUGAUGGAUGCCACAUGUGGGUGGCUGAGUGGAAUGGUAAAGUUGUGGGAAUGGUUGGACUCGUUCAUAAUGAGAGCCACAAGCCAGGAGUUGCUGAACUUCAGAGGAUGUCUGUAUCACCAGCCUGUAGAAGAAUGGGAAUCGCUGGGAAAUUGCUCGAUGAGCUACUAAAACAUGCAAAAGAACAAAAUUUCGAGAAGGUUGUUUUGACUACCACAAGUGCCCAGACACCAGCCAUUCGACUUUACAAGAAAUACGGCUUCAAGCUCAUAGCAUUAUUUCCUUAUCCUCAAAAGCUUCUGGCAGACCUGCAGUAUUCUUCCUUCGACCUCAAACUGAAUUAUUAGAAGUCUUAAUUAACCCUUCAACUCUCAAGAUCUAAAUAUUAAUUUCCUGCUUCUAGUCCAAUUCUACAGUCUGGGGUUAAAUCGAACAAUAUUCACAUGUUACGAUUUUUCUUCAACCUAACUUGUCUCUGCUUCAAAAUGUAACGAAGUCGUAUGUGAUGGAAUGUAACCUGUUGAGGUACUGCUCAAACACGAAACCGGAUUUUACAUUUCAAAACAAUUCUCCUUAUCCACUUCCUCGAACGUUAAGAGAGGCUGUCGAGAGCGUGCUCAAAAUCGAUGAGUACAAUUUUUUUUUAUUCAAUCUCGAAACGAUUUCAUUUUGUAUAAUUUUCAAUUGCAGGUUAUGUAGCCCUAGGUUGCUUGAAUGUACACAUGCCGACGGAUGGCAUGGGUGAUCAAAUUUGACAAAAUAAAAUAAGAAAAGUUGUUAUAACUUCAAAACCCAUUCAUUUGCAUUCUCGUGACUCACUUUCUCCCUAGUUCAAACAAAAUUCUUUAUUUAAAAAUUAUAAUAAGAACUAAGCUUCUCAAACCUUGAAACAAAAUAAUCCUGGUUAGAUUUCUACUGGAAGGAGUGUCACGUUAAGAUUAAGUUACCGGCGACAGGAAACACUCAAGGUCGAGUUAUUAAAAGCGGCGAUUUGAGGUAACGAUUCGGCGUUAUGGAUAUGGAUAUACAAAUAGCAGUAUUGUCAUGCUUUUGAGUAGCACUAAAUGACUAGACAUACCCGGAAAUGCUUAGAAACUAAGUCAUUUCCUUGACCGUAAGUUCCUUAAAGUUUUCAAUUAUCUUGUUUCACCCGUACAACAAUCGUGUUUAAAUUGUUCUUAAUAAGUCAUUUCAAUUGAAGCAAAACCUUCCGUUUAACCAUAAUUUAAAUAUCUCGAUGACCUUAUGUCUCCACAUUAUGAAGACGGAUGCCACGGUGUUUGCGUGAUGGAUUUCGGUCCGGUUGCUACGGUUAAAAUAUCGCCCUAACCACUAACUUGUUUGUCGACAACACUGAAUUCAGCUCUUCAUUCGUGCGGUUUUGAAAAGCCCUAUAUUGCUUCAGCCCAAUUUCAAAAUUACCUGUUUCGGGAAAAUACUGCCUAUGCCUCUCCAAAGAAACCGCAUUUUGCUUUGCUUUGAUUUGUUUGUUUGUUUGUUUGUUUAAUAAGAAGAAAUUGAGUGCUCCCUAUGGGUGCCCCCAGUGAGUACUCCCACCCCCUGCCUCAUUCGAAAAAAAUAUUACAAAAAUGAAAAUGAAGCGUCCACACAAUAAAACUCUGCUCGCCUUUUGGCUUAAGACCUUAGCAACAGGUGCUAGAAAGCGAAAACAAAUAUCCCGUGACACUGCUUUAUGAGAGCAUGGCUAUAUAUAUCUCUUUUGUUCGCUAUAAUAGGUCAAUUAUUAAAUCCUCCGUGCGUAUCUUGAAAACAAAACGUGUCUCAGUUUCUAGAGAAGAAUGAAUUUGAUCACUACAAGUUAAAAUGUGUACGACACUGACUAUUUCAAAUCGACAAACAAAGCCGAAGAGAAAGGAAAAUUUUUUCUUUAAUAUAAAGGAAGUACGCCAGCCAUAACGGAUUUAGGAGGUGGACGCAGCCAUGGAUUACUCACGCGUCAACCGAGUCCCAUUGAGAGGUGAAUCCAGAGACCCCAGAACAAUAACAGCACCUGAAAUACUGCUGGAGUACAGCUUGGUUAUUUUGUUGGUGGGAUGUUCUUCACUGGCGUUCCUUUGGUUUAAGCCUCAUGGGAACCCAAUGGAUUCUACAUUAUUUACUUCUGUUGGUAUCAACUACACAGCAUGAACUGCACCCACUGACAGAAAAUCUACUAACAGGCGAAGAAAGAAAAGAAACCAUGCAAUUGCUAUACAAAAACUGUGUACAGCGAAACAUUUAAAAUAUAUCACAAAACUGCGACAUGGGAAAAAAUGUUUUCCGCAAGAUUUUUUAGCCGAAAGACACUUUAAUUUACAUUUCUGCCGUCACGUGCUUCACGUGGACAAUAGGGACCUUAAACAGUCAGGACGGCAACGCUGAAGGAGACGUCGAACAAAAUAUGAAUUUGUCUUUUUAGUUAAAAACGGCGCUACACCCUUACUUAAGCAUAAGGUAUGUAAGCAGUGUUGAGUUCAAAAUGGAAUCUUAGAUAAUUUGUCGCCAGGAUUUCCGUUCUCAGACCACGAAAACUUUGGUGAUUUCACGUCGUCUUGCAGAGGAAGACUAAGAAAUGUACAAAGUUUUAAAACAUACGUGCUGAGCUAUUUUUCUUCUCAUCAGAUCUUUUGUUUUUCCACGUCCUUGUUGCGGUAGACGUCGAGGUUAGCUUAGGGUUCCCAGCAAGAGACAUAAUCCUAAAUUGAAUGACUGUAUCUAUAUGACGGGAUCCAUCUUGUAUUGAUGGUCAAAAGAAAAACUUAGAGCCUUUGUACAUACAGAAAAACAUGGGAUAUUAAAGCUUUAAAUAAGUUGUUUAAGGUUAUGUAGGAUCACAGAUGUAUUUCAAAUGUACCGUGAGGUGUAAUAAAGAGGAGAGAGUAAA